GAGCUGCUGAGUUGAGGGAGAGGAGGGGGGGGAGCCUUUGCAAGGCGGCGGCCCGGGAAAUACCUCACAUACAUGGAGAUGGUGCUUCUGAGCUUCUGCCCGGCUCUGCUACAUGCUCCAGCGACCCAGCACUGAAUUGCAUGGCGCAUUUAAAAAUGAGAUGCUACCUAACAUGCUGAGCUACUUCAACUUUUGGUGUCUAUCUUGAAGAAAAAGAACAUUUGAUUUGUUAUUCUUGUACAAGCAUCUCAACUAUAGCAACUUUUCCAGCCACAGAGUUGAAACAACGCUCUAUUCAAGGUUUUGAAAGUGAAGGCCUACAUUGGAUACUUACCAUGUCAACAGACCACAGCCCCACCACUGGUGUGGUGACGGUCAUCGUGAUCCUUAUCGCCAUUGCAGCCCUCGGGGCUUUGAUCCUGGGCUGCUGGUGCUAUCUGCGUCUGCAGCGGAUAGGGCAGUCGGAGGAUGAGGAGAGCAUCGUGGGUGAUGGGGAAACCAAAGAGCCCUUCCUGCUGGUGCAGUACUCCGCAAAAGGGCCGCGGGUGGAGCGGAAGGCCAAGCUGACAUCUGCUGCUUCGGAAGGCCACGGCUAAAUCUUCAACUUGCCGAUCAAGGCAGCAGCCUUUGUUGUUUGGACUAUACAACAUUUGUACGUCAAAUCAUUCUUCAUACUGUGAAAGGAUUAUAUGUGUUCAAGCUGCUUAUUAAAAGAAACAGAAGGACCUGUUUAAUCGGGAGUCUGGUCUGCAACUGCGUGUUAAAAGGAAAAUCAAGGCUAGCCAUUUAGCACUUAGUGUUUCCUACUUGAAUUCUAAACCCUUUAAGCUGAGCCUGUGUUGGAGUUGCUACUGUAAAUGUCAUCUUUAGUGAACCUGUGGGUUUUUGGGGAAAAACAUGCAGAGAUCAAUAUGAAACUUCAAUCCAAUUUCUGUACAAUACAGUAUUAUAUUCUGAAUAGCUAAACAAACUGCUGUAAGUGUUUUAAGUAUCUUGCAGUGUUUUUGAAUCCAAGUUGGAAUUGGGGGAGGGCUGCGAGGAUGACAAAAUCAUUACAGAACUAGCAAUGAUUUUUGCGGUU